AUGGACAUGCCCAAUGUUUAUCUCGCUAUUGGCAUCGGCCCAGAUGAGAGUACAAUUAGCAAAUGCACCAUCUGCAAAGCUGACGAAGUGGAAGAGAAACCAAACCGUGGAUGCGGGCAUGGAUGUCUCAUGCACGUAAGUAUGCACCUUACCCACCAGGUGAUGGCCAGAGAAGCUGUGGUUUUGAACUGUGUGGGAGCUCCUGAAUGUCCUAUCAAGCAUCCAUGUACCAUUCUCGGUCCAACCGUCUUGGAUGCAUAUGAAUCGACCAUUACCAAGUCCUUCAUGACCGACAAGAAGAUUUUGGAGUGUCGAAGCACCAAUUACUCCAUUCUUUUUAUGCCUCAAAAUUAUAAUGGAAAGAUUCGCAUAUAUAUUUAUAUAUGGAAAAUUUGGUAA